AUGGAAAGUGGAGUUUUUCUGCCCUCUCUGGAUGAAUUCAUGCUGAGCCCUCUGGUCACUUGGGUGACGACAUUUGUGCCAAAUGAUGGAGGCAUGCAGUUGGACUUUUCUGAAUUACUGGAUGGUGUCUUUUUGAAUGACAUCAUGAGCCAAAUAAAUCCCCCGGCUACACCUCAGGGUGCAAACAAGGUGAGCAGGGAUCCGGGUCAGAGGAUCCACAACCUGAACUUCCUUGUCCAACAGAUCAAGACAUAUUAUCUGGAUAGUCUGAGACAAUUGAUAAUGACUCCUUUGCCAAACGUGUUGCUGCUUGGCAGGACUCCUUACUGUGAACAAAGUUUGGAGGAGAUGAAGAAGCUUUUGCUGUUACUGUUGGGAUGUGCAGUCCAGUGUGAGAAGAAAGAGGAGUAUAUCGAGAUGAUCCAGACACUUGACUUUGACACAAAAGCAGCCAUAGCUGUGCACAUCCAAGAGUUGACUCACAGUCAAGAGAACGUGCUAGAUCUGCAGUGGCUUGAGUCUAGUGAAGUGAACACAGAUGAGCUGGAGGCCAUGGCGAGAAACAUGGCCAUGCACCUCCGACACCUGCUGGAUCAGAGGGACACCCACCUGGAGACUAUAGCAGAGUUAACGCAGGAAAAGGAAGGUGUGGUUAGCUUGCUCAGUAGUCCUUCCAGCCCACAGUCUGCCAGCUUUCCCCACACCUUGCAGCAGCAGCAGCAGCAGCAGCAGCAGCAGGCCGGGACUCAGCAACACCUGGCAGUGGAGCUGGCCGAUUCUAAGGCCAAAAUCAGGCGACUUAGACAAGAGCUAGAGGAGAAGAGUGAACAGAUGCUGGACGGCAGACACGAGCUGGAGAAUAUGGAGGCAGAGCUGAAGAGGAUCCAGCAGGAGAACUCCCAGUUGCUUGUGGAUGCCCGUGCAGCUCGCACCUACCGUGACGAGCUGGACGCCCUGAGAGAGAGAGCCAUCAAGGCGGACAAGCUGGAGAGUGAAGUGGGACGCUACAGAGAGCAGCUGCACAAGAUGGAGUUCUACAAGGCCAAAGUGGAGGAGCUAAAGGAGGAUAACAGGGUGCUACAGGAGACCAAAGAGGUGCUGGAGGAUCAGUUGGAAGGCUGGAGGGCACGCUCUGAUAAAAUUCACCAGUUGGAGAAGCACAGCCUUCUGCUGAAGGCCCGGAUCCAUGACAUGGAACAGGAAAGAGAGGCUGAUCGGAGGCGCAUUGAGGAGCUGCAAGAAGAGAACCUGGCUCUGUGUUUGGCACAGAGGAGGAGCAUGGAGGAGUCCCAGCACCUGGGCUGGGAAUUAGAGCAGCUCUCCAAGACCACUGGGGACUCUCAGGGCCAGCAGACUCUGAGUGAGGAGGUGAGUGAGAGGACCUGUAGUCGCAUGCUGAAGCUGGAGAAGGAGAACCAAAGUCUCCUAAGGACCAUAGAGGAUCUCAGAGCUGCCUCUCUAAAUAACAACACACAGCCCAAACACAGCAAUCACCAUAACUGUGACCAUGUCUGCCAGGUGGUCUAUAGCGCCAACAACUGUACCUCAUCAACAGGCUUACAAACUUCCUCCUUGAAUAUAGAAAACCACACCGAUGUAUCUCCUCUCAGUACAAUAACACAGCAGAUGCCCAAUGGAGAUUCAAAAUGCCACCACGAAGAAGAGCUGGAGAGUAUACAGAGUGAGAUCCUUCUCACAGAUAAUUCACACCUUCAUAUUCAGGAGAAAGGACAGCUAGAGGGCGGAGACAGCGGAGAUCAUCUCAAAGAACUAAUGUCUGAUCUGGAAGUGUUAGAAAACCAUCACAAUAGACACCAUUGUUUUGUUGGAUCACGUGAUCACUCCCCUGGCUCAAAGAGCAGCAGCCCCUGCCACAACAGCAUCUUCACAGGUCUGCCAACACGCUCUUCCUAUGCCAGCAAGCACACACAGCGGCUGGAGGCCAAGUGCAGGGCCCUGGACACUGUUAAUCAACAUCUACAGAUUUCCCUUGACAACACUGACCGAAAAGUCCAGCGUCUGGAGGCAGAGGUUCAGGAGCUGGAGGCAGAGAACCAGAGUCUACAGGCCACCUUGGAGGAACUCCGGAUCUCUGCAAGACGCCUGGAACAACUGGAGACAGAGAAGCAGAGCCUGGAACAAGAGACCACGGCCCUGGAGAAGGACAAGAGGCAGCUGGAGAAAGAGAAUCGACGACUCCGUCAGCAGACUGAAAUACAGGAAGCCAAUUUGGACAGCAGUAAUGUUUGUAUGGCAACCCUGGAAAGGGAGAUGCGCUUUUUAGUCAAGGAGGUGGAGGGGUUAAGGGAGACUGCUGAGAGGGUCAAAGGCCUGGAGAGAGACAACAGAGAACUGACCAAGCAAGCUGCUAUCGACCAGAGGACCCUUGCCACCCUCAGAGAGGAGCUGGUGAGCGAGAAGCUGAAGACCCAGCAGAGAGACAAUGAACUAGAGAGGAUGACCCAUGAGCUAGAGAUGAAGAUCCUGAACCAGGAGAGCGCAGAGCAAGCGGAACAAGAUGCACCAGACAACAGCAGGUUCAAGAUGCUGGAGUCAGAGCUGGAGUCGUCCCUGAAAAUGUCUCUUCAGAUUAAAGAGGACAAGAUGGCCGCCCUGGAGGCUCGUCUGCAGGAGUCCUCCACCCUCAACCAGCAGCUACGCCAGGAGCUUAAGAAUGUGAGGCUGAGCUAUGAGGCCCUGCAGCAGAGGCAGGAGGAGGAGUGGACAGCAGCGAGCACCACCCCUCCGAGAGAGACGGGCAAGGUGAUGAGCGAAUGGCUGCGUGAAAGCCAGGAAGCCACGAAGGAGCUGUUGAAGCUCAAAGACCGCCUCAUUGAAGUAGAGAGAAAUAAUGCGACACUAGAGGCAGAGCGCCAGGCUAUGCAGACACAGCUGAAGCAGCUAGAGAGUCAGUCUGACAGCCAACAGGCUCAGAUUCUCGCCCUGCAGAGGCAGGCUGCCUCACUGCAGGAAAACAACACUACCUUGCAGACACACAAUGCUAACCUGCAGGUGGAGAAAUCCAAUCUGAACUCGCAGAGCGCCUCCCUCAUGGCACAGAAUGUUCAGCUGCAGCACCAGCAGUCAGGGACAGAAGGUGAGCGGGACAGCGCCAUACGUGAACGCGAAGAGCUGCGCAGCGCACAUGAGCAGUUAUUACGUGAUCACGAGCGGCUGGCAGCUCUGCAUGAGCGGCAAGCCAUGGAGUACGAGGUCCUGAUGGGCAAGCACGGCUGUCUGAAAAAUGUCCACCGCACUCUGGAACUGGAGCAUCGCACACUGCAGGACAGGUACAACAGCCUGUUGCAGCAGCGGACAAAGCUAGAAGACCUGGAGAAAGCCCUGAAGGAGGAGCAGAUCAGGAUGGCUCUGGAGAAGGAACAGCACAGGAGCACUGCUGCUGAAUGCUGCAGGCUUCGUGAUGAGAAGGACUGGUUGAACCAGACGUACCGUCAGCUUCUUAACGACAACGAGUUGCUGACAGUGGACCACAAGCAGCUCAAGAGCCAGCUCAACGAGGCCAAGCUGGAGCAUACCUGGCUGGAGGCCGACUUCUCCAAGCUCAAAAAGGAGUUUCAGCAGCUGGACAUCACGUCCACAAAGCUCACCAACCAGUGUGAGUUGCUGAGCCAGUUGAAGGGCAACUUGGAGGAAGAGAAUCGCCAUCUGCUCGCCCAGAUUGAGACCCUGAUGCUGCAGAACCGAACCUUGUUGGAGCAGACCAUGGAGAGCAAGGAUCUGUUUCACGUGGAGGAACGACAGUAUAUUGACAAGCUUAAUGAUUUGAGGAGGCAGAAGGAAAAACUGGAGGAGAAAAUAAUGGACCAGUACAAGUUUUAUGAGCCCUCACCUCCUCGCAGGCGGGGGAACUGGAUCACUCUGAAGCUUAAAAAGCUGAUCAAAUCCAGUAGCCGCGAGCAUGGACCUGAGCGUCCACCCACACCAACACACUCAGGUGUUAAUGAGUCACACCUCUCCUGUCAAGACAACAGCUCGUUCAUCAGCUCAGAUGGCUCUGGAGGCUCAGGCUCCACUUCAGUAGGAGAUGCCAUCUCACCCCAACGUAACAGCACCACACUGAAAAUGUUUCCCCGUAUGAGGAACAGGCUGAAGGACAGAGACAAAGUCAAGUCCCUCUUCCGCCGUUCCAUGUCACUGAGCAGCUUGGCGGGCCCCCCGGCCCCGUCCGAGGACAAGCGGCGGUCAGAGAGCUCAGAGCAGCUGGAUGAGGACAGGAAAGACAUAUUGACCUCAUCCUUUAGCACAUCCAUCUUGUCCAUCCUCCACCUUCAUUCCACCAGUCCACCAUCUGGCCAUCUCCACAUCACAGCCACUGACACUGCUGAGACUGUUCCAGAUGUUUCUGAGCUGUGGGUGACAGACAAGGAUUCAAAUGAUAGUGCUGUGCCAUCUGGCUAUGAGGACAACGACGAGCUGCAAAACCACGGGAUCAACGUGGUCCAGAGUCGAGCCCAAAGUGAGAGCAGCGGUGAGUUCAGCCUGAGCCUGGAUAAUGAGCCCUGGUCUAAUGGCAGCAGCCCUGUCCAGCAGCCUCAGUCACGCCGCUCCUCCUACCAGCCACCCAGUGAUACCUCCACCCCCCAGCACACACAGAAGCAACAGCACACCAGCUCUUCUGCUAUAAACAAGGAGAAAGCCUCCACCAUUCCCAUUACCAAGAGCCAGAAUUCAGAUCCACAGCCUGUACCAAAACAGAAAGACCCUGGCCCAGGUCAGGACUUCUGGCUCACAAGGGGAACAAAGAGCAUCAGGAGGGGACCAAGAGGAAAAGUGACACGUCGCUCAUCAGAUUCAACGGGCACAGUCAGAAUAAACCCUGGGUUCAAUGGGAUUCAUUCAAAAUCGAGCCCUAGCAAAGGUGAAAUCACCCGAGCCUCGGCUUGUUCACCGAUUACGGUGUUGUUUGUUCAGGGUAAGUCAUCCUCAAUGUCUGGCUGCCUUAACUGUUUCUCCAGCCCUCUGGGGAAAGAGGUAAGACUAAAGGGGCCCAGGUCCCCUAAAAGUCUCCCUCGUGCCAGCAGUGUCAUUUCCACAGCUGAGGGUUCGUCCCGUCGCUCCAGCGUCAACAGCGACUGCAGGGUGGCAGUCAAGACUGAACCACUCCCCGUCCGGGUCUCAGAGGAGAGCAGUAAUCAGGAGGAACAGGAAACAGCCAAUCAAGAACCAGACAAAGAGCCUGAGCCCACUCCUCCGGUCAAACCUCCCAGAGAGCAGGGGAUCGUUGUUGCCACAGACCGCCCCAGAUCCGCUGUGCAGGAGCCACUUUUCGGCUCCUCGUUCACUUUCAACUCUGUGUUCUCUAACACCAUCUUCAGUGAUUCUGUGGUGACUACCGCGAAGAGUCUGGAUGCACUUGAGAGCAACCAGACCUUCCUUUGUCUGAAUUCGUCCCUGGUGAAAAACUGUCCCCUUGUGAGCCAGGAGUCUCAAACGUCACAGACACUGCUCAACAUGGAAAAUGGCCAGAGUCAAAAUGUAGAACAUAGAUCUGGGCUGGAGGAGAAGGACAAACCGCUCACUAUUGCAUGA